AUGAUGUUCGAUUCUGACGACGAGGAUGACGAAUUUAUGCGCAAUUUUGGUAUACUCAUCAACCCAGAGACGCUGCAAGAUGGCGACUUUGAGGGGACUGAAGAAGCUGCAGAUGACCUUGAUGCCCAAGAUUACACCAAUAUGGAGAUUGGUUUACGACAAGGCGCAGAAGGCAAACUCCAAAGGGUAAAGGUGAAACGACGGAUAGUGGAUGAAAAUGGAAGACCAAUUGGCGUCGCUAGCUCCAACCAAUUGCUCGACACAAGACAAUAUGAAGUGGACUAUGCAGAUGGCGGUACUGAAAUAUUCGCAGCCAAUAUACUUGCUGAGAAUUUACUUGCACAAGUUGACGAACACGGACAUAAGCACCGACUGAUGGAGGAGAUUUCGGACCACCGUAAAACCGCUAAGGCAAUCACAAAAAGUGCAGGAUCGAUGCUCCUCCCUAGUGGACGGACUCGAAAGCGCCAAACAACUGCUGGUUGGGAACUUCAUGUGAUCUGGAAGAAUGGGUCAUCCAAUUGGGUAACCCUAAAAGACAUGAAAGAAUCCUUUCCCCUUGAGGUUGCAGAUUAUGCCAAGUUAAAGGCUAUUGAAGAUGAACCAGCAUUUGCAUGGUUGGUCCCACAUGUACACAAAAAGCGUGAUCGUUUUAUAAGUAAGGUAAAAUCAAAAUAUUGGGAGGAGGCUAUUCAAAUUGAUCGAGAAAAUGGGGACACCUUGUGGCAAGAUGCCAUCAAAAUGGAAAGGAAGAACAAUCGAGUUGCCCUUGAGGAAUUUGGCAGGGACAUCAAAAAGCUAAUUGGAUACAAACGCAUCGCUGGUCACAUGGUAUUUGAUGUCAAACUUGGUGAAAACUUCCGACAAAAAGCUCGAUAUUGUGCUGAUGGACACAAAGCGGAGGCGCCAGCAGUACUGCCAUACAGCACUGUGGUAGCCCAAGAUUCUGUACGAAUAUUACACACCAUUGCAGCAUUGAAUGGUUUGGAUGUCUAG